AACCUGCCAUGCUGUUAGUUGUAGUAAUUCUCUGCAAACCACCCUCUUCACAAAGACGACUUUUAAGUUAAUUUGUUUUAUGUGCACUGAACGUGAACGCAGCAAUAGCACCGACCAGAACCUCUGGCUUUGACUACAUUGACAGCAGCAGGGAGCACGUGUACAGGAAGUGGGUUUAACAACAUGUACAUUUUGAGCUAUCUGAUUAGUUGGCGAAUAAAAGGGGUGUGAUUUUCUAAGGCUGGCUGCAGAUGCGUAUCGACAUAAUCCUGCAAGUGGAUUCAUGAAGGGUGGUGAGCGGGCUGUUGUCGGAGAAAAGGUUCAUUUAUAUUGCAUCUGAAAGGCCAUGGACGUCCGCACCAAGCGGUUGAGCUACGAGCUCCUUGCAGAGGUAGGAGAAGGCUCCUACGGUAAGGUUUAUAAAGCCAGAGAGCUGGGGGAGAAACAGCGCCUCCUGGCGGUGAAGAAAUUCAAGACCGAGGGGAACACUUCUGAGAUCGGGAUCCCUGCCUUCAUGAUUCGCGAGGUGGCCCUGCUGCGUAAAAUGAAGUCCUUCAACCAUCCCAACAUAGUCAUGCUGUUAGAUGCAUCCACUGUCCCAGUGGGCACUGGCCUGGUUCUCACUCUGGUGAUGGAAUACAUCGACCAGGACCUUUCCACCUACAUCUCCAAGGUUCCUGCUUCUGGACUGAGCCGUGACUGUAUUAAGGAUUUGAUGCGGCAGCUGCUUCAAGGAUUGGACUUCUUACACACCAACAUGGUGCUGCACCGUGACCUGAAACCAGAAAACAUCCUGGUCAGCAGCCGCGAAGAACUCAAGAUCGCAGACUUUGGACUGGCACGCAUCUAUACCUAUAAUAUUGCUCUCACUCCAGGUGUGGUGACGCUGUGGUACAGAGCACCAGAGGUGCUGCUGAACUCUGUUUACAUGUCCUCAGUGGACAUGUGGAGCGUUGGCUGCAUCUUUGCUGAGCUCUUCCUCCUAAAACCACUGUUUACGGGGUACACCGAGGUACAACAGCUACAAAAAAUCUUUGAGGUGAUUGGUUUGCCCAGCGAGGAGGACUGGCCAAUGGACAGCCCCAUCCAAUACUCAGUCUGCUGGGGGCCAAAAGGCUUCAGCACCAGGCUGUUGCGCAACCUCAGCCCGGACGACAAUGACCUGCUAUCUCAAUGUUUGGCAUUCAGACCCAGCCGCCGCAUCUCAGCUGCCAAAGCUCUGACUCAUCCUUUUUUCAUGAAACACUGAAGAAAAUGUCCACUCCUGCUUCUCGACUGUUGGCUUUAACAUCAUUUCACCAGCAUCAUGAAGAAUUUUGGUCAGGUUUGAAGAAAAAAUGUUAUAUAUUUAUAAAAAACUUUAUUCCUUACUAGCAGAGCAUUUAAAGGAUUGCUCCAGGACACUUUGAUUUACUUAUUAUCUGGCCAACCUUCAUAUGAACAGUAAAGUAUUGAAGUUCUUUAAAAAUAUCACAUUUUAAUAAUGCUUUGUAAUUUGACAAAACAUAGACCUGCUUUGUUGUUGUUGAGUGUUUUCAUAAAAAAUUGGUUUUGUUGCAGAUGACCAACUACACUACAAACAUAUAAUAUGAGCACCCGUUGUUUAUAGGUUUAUGUGUUUUAAACAAAGCUUUUUUUAUUUCCGGGAUUGUAUAUAAAGUCCUUUUUAUGUUUGUUAUUUAUGGUGUUAUUUCUGUAAUAUUACACCUGUAUUUAUGUUUGUAUCUACAGAAGAUAUUUUUCUACACAAGUUACACUGUUCAUUCGAGAAGCAUUGCUAUAAA